UCCGCUUCAUGCAUAGUUGUGACGGAUGACAGCUGAUUGAGUGUGGUGAGAUCGAGUUAAGAAGUGCAAAGUGUAGUGUUACGCAGUGGUUUUCACUAUUUUCUUUUUAAAUGAAAAUUAUUGACUAAACAACGAACUAUAUAAGUGUCGUAUCUACUACAAUUACACUUCAAGCCGCAACUUAAACUUGCUAAAAGUGUACCUUUGUGUGAUUAUAAGGAAAAAAGUUGAUAUUUUCGCAAUAAAAAAAAUUCUAUGGUGUGUGCAAAUAAAAAUAUUAGUUGUGUCGAGUAAUGUGAGGUGGUGACGUCACAAGAUGGCGGUCGGGGAGGCGCGCGUCCCUCUGCUGCAUGGAGACAGGCAGGCACCAGCUCAUACACACCAUGAGCCAGCAGUCCACAAGGCUCCCCUGGACCACUCGGGCCUGGGACGGGGCACCACAGUGGUCACAUCACUCAUUGCUGGCGCCACCGCCGGCGCCAUCGCGAAGACUGCCAUAGCUCCACUGGAUCGCACCAAGAUCAACUUUCAGAUAUCGCAGACCCCCUAUUCCUGGAGAGCGGCAAUAAAUUUCCUCCUCAAGAGUGCCCGCACGGAGGGUUUUCUAGCACUAUGGAGGGGUAACAGCGCCACUAUGGCGCGGAUUGUGCCAUACGCCGCUAUACAGUUCACAGCCCAUGAGCAGUGGAAGAAAGCGCUUGGAGUAGACACGCCACAGAGUGCCAAAGCGCACCCAGUCCUUCACCUAAUAGCGGGUUCCCUGGCCGGAGUGACGUCACAGUCAGCCACGUAUCCCCUGGACAUGGCACGAGCUCGCAUGGCAGUCACUAACGUGGCAGAGUACAGCACUCUGAGGACUGUCUUCGUGAGGGUGGCCCAUGAUGAGGGACUCAGGACCCUCUACAGAGGCUACUCGGCGACUGUGCUCGGCGUGAUCCCGUACGCCGGCGUCUCCUUCUUCACUUACGACACGCUCAAACAUAAGUACUUAGAAUAUUUCGGUAAGCCGCAAGGUGCGUUAGUGAACGUAGCGUUAGGUGGAUGUGCGGGCGCCAUAGCUCAAACGGCGUCCUACCCGCUGGACAUCGUCCGGCGCCGGAUGCAGACGGCACGGCGACGGAAGGACGGCACCUACCCGUACCGGAGCAUCGGAGAAACAUUGGUCCUUGUUUACAAUUCGGAAGGCUGGCGUGGUUUCUUCAAAGGGCUCAGCAUGAACUGGGUUAAAGGUCCAAUCGCUGUUGGCAUAUCCUUCGCGACUUACGACGCAAUUAAGAAUACACUUCGAGAUGUCGCCGUACAUUUCAAUAGCUAGCCUAGGAGUGACCUUGGGUUAUGGUGGAGCGACCUUGGUAGCUGAGAGGAGUGACCUUGGGUUAUAGUGGAGCGACCUUGGUAGCUGAGUGGAGUGACCUUGGGAUCAUGAAUGGUGUGCAAAGAGAACACGGUAGUUUCCAACCAGUCAAAUUCAAUACUUUUAUCCAAACGUCAAAAACGAUACUUUUCUAUGAAAUUUGUAUGAAAAACUGAGCUAUGACGUCAUCACAUUUUUGCGUCAAAUAGCUUACUUAUUUC